AUGGCAGCAAUCUCAAACUCAUUCUGGGGACUGUUGGACAAAUAUGCAGAAAUGCGAAAGAGUUUGAAUCUUCCUAGUCCUGGAAACUACGAGUCUCUUCAUAAAGAGGUUAGAGGCGUUCUUCCAACAGUGUUCAUGAUUGAUGGUGCCAGAUUCGAAUUGCACUCUCAUCAUAACCAGAGUUUUCAAACUGGACACACUCUCUCAUGGGGAAGUGCUCAGCAACCUCCCUCGUAUCAGUUUACUUCUGCUUACUCCACUCCCACUGUUGCUUUAGUUGGACAAGUGGAUCAUGAAGGAUCUGUCAGUGCUCGUGGUCAAUACAAUUGGAUUCCACUGCCAUCGCCUCCUCAGCCUCCUCUGCACGAGCAUGCUAAUAGCACCGAACAUCCUACUCCACCUGUCAUGCCAGAGAUGCCCAAGAUCACAUCAACCUCAAAACUACAAGCCUUGUUGAGUGCUCAGGGUGCCAACAAUAUGAUUCAACUUGAGCACGAUCACCACGAUUUGGACUGGUCAUUAAAUGCUAAAUGCAGUAAUGCCAAUCUGAUUGAUUCGCGACCUUCGUGGUCCACCAAGCCAGAAUCUACUUUUGAGACUAGCAUUACCGGAACUUAUACACUCUCUUACUUGCAAUCUAUUUCGAAAUCCAUUGCAUUGGGUGCAGAAUUGACCUAUCAAAGACCUACACCAGAUUUGGAAGACCCGUCUCUUGCGUUUGCCUUUAGAUACGCACCGCCUCCAUCUGUAUUGCCCACUCCACUGUCUGUUCCACCUGGUGCUCCAUCCCCAUACAUGCCCAUCAAUCCCAAGGACCCAACACAAGUAUUUACUGCUACAUGGAUGCCCAGUGUUGGUGUGUUUAGCUCGACUUACUGGAGACGUAUCAACCAGCGAUUGGAGGUUGGAUCUGAACUUCAAUUGCUCAUGACACCUUCAACUUUACGUGCAGGUGAUCGUACACCUGGUCGUCGAGAGGGUAUGGCAUCUGUUGGAUUCAAGGUGGAUACAGUGUUUACUACUAUUCGUGCAAUGGUAAGCUCUCAUGGACAAGUCUCGGCUGUCUUGGAAGAAAAGAUUGCUCCUGGUAUCAGUCUCCAGCUAUGUGGAGAGAUUGAUUACGCUCGUGGUAGUGCUGGUCGUGUUGGAUUUGGGUUCACUUUUGAAGCCUGA